AUGUCGGACGAAUCGAGAGAAGAACUCAAACAGUUGUUACAAAAGCAACAAUUGGAAUUGGAAUCACUUCAAGCUCGUCACCUGGAAGAGAUUUCAAUGUUCAAAAGGAAAAUAAGUCAAAGGUCGGAUAUUUAUCCCAUAAUAACAACAACAGGAACGGAACCAUCGAAUCCUCCGACGCAUACGAGAUCCUCGAGUGCACCGCAAACGAUUCAACAAGUUUAUUACACUCCGGUUUUGUAUCAGGAUCUUUCUCCAGUUCAUGUCGGAACGGCGUGCUCCGGAUCAAAUUUGGAAGACUAUUUGGUGUAUACAACCGCUCCGCAAUCUCCGACGUACGGUAGCACGACAUCGAAAUUCGACGAAAUGGAGAGAGAAGAUGACAAUUUCGAAAAGGAUAAUAAUUUGGAGGGUAGCAACAGCAACAGCAACAACCACAACCAGGAUCGCAACAACAGCAUCAGCAGCGUGGGAAACGAAGAAUAUUGUCAACCCGUUGAAAUCCAGCAAAGAUUCGUCACAAAUUUUCCAAGUUUCAGACGUUUGUCGUCGACAAGCGACGGUUUGCUACAGAUCACACCGGCUGAACCCCGGCAAAUAGCGACUUCAUCGACUGGUUUUUACUUUCCGCAAAAUUUCACACCCAUAAUACAAAGCGGUUUACGAUUCGUCGGAGGUUCAUUAGGGAAAAACGUAUCGACUCAGAAAAACAGCACCGACGACAUAACCACCACGACCACCACCACCACCACCGGCGAUAGUUGA